UCUUACAGGUUCCAAUUAAAAGGGUUCACCUUUUUACAGGCAUACAACUGGCUUGCCUUAUCAUGUUAUGGCUAAUCAAAUCAUUUUCUGACACAUCUAUUUUGUUUCCUUUGAUGUUGGUUGUUAUGAUUGGUAUACGAAAAGCUUUGGACUUAGUGUUCUCGAGAAGAGAAUUAAAAAUACUGGACGAUGUGAUGCCUGAAAUGAUUCAAGGAAAUGUUACGGGCGAACUUCAUCAAAGGGAUCCAGAAAGUGGAUGCGUUGCUAAAUUUAAAAGGUGUUGUUUAGGAGAAUUGCCUACAUCGAAACAACAAAAAAACAAACGUCAUAUACGACCCAACACUCAUCGAAAAGUUUCAAAUGUUUCAGUUUUCUCAAAUGACGCAAGAUCUGUAAAUUUCACAUUUGAAGAGAAGAAAUCUAUAAUACAAUUCAACAAGAAUAAAGAAAAACAUUUCAGUACUUCAGAGGAGAGAUGUGCUAGUUCAGGCUCUUUUGUAAAACAAUCAUGGCAUCACACAUACGACACCAAUUUAAAAGACCAGUUUAUUGUUCCAGCGUCUGCCAAAGUAAGGCAUAUAAGUAGCUUUGGAGAGUAAGUUUACACUUAAUUCCAAAAAGAUGAAUACCAAAAAUUAUUUAUUAUUAAAAUAAUGCUAUAGUCAACCAAGUUACACUAAUUUGAAGAUAGUUUCUCGCCGCCUUGUAACAACUAUCUGAGAGGAAUCUUGUUAACAACUCUUUGAACUACUAAACCAAUAUCAUAAUCCAAAACAGUUACAGUUCUUAAAUCAAAAUGUUCACCCUAGAGAGAAUAAU